AUGAUACUUGCCAGGCUGUACCCACAUACUGACGAAGAUAGGUCGAAAGUCGACAAACUCUCGAUCUUGGGUGUUCGCUCCUUCGACAACACCCGCAGCGAAACGAUCCAAUUCCAUACGCCGCUCACCUUGAUCGUCGGUUACAAUGGUUCCGGGAAGACGACCAUCAUCGAAUGUCUUAAAUAUGCCACGACCGGGGACCUUCCGCCCAACAGCAAGGGUGGCGCGUUCAUCCACGACCCGAAGCUAUGCGGAGAGAAAGAGGUCCUUGCCCAAGUGAAGCUAUCUUUCAAGGGCACAUCGGGUGCAAAGAUGGUGGCGACCAGAAGUCUACAGCUCACGGUGAAGAAGACAACGCGAUCGCAAAAGACACUAGAGGGCCAACUUCUUAUGAUCAAGGAUGGAGAGCGAACUGCGAUCUCAUCACGGGUGGCAGAGCUGGAUCAGAUCAUGCCACAGUAUUUGGGAGUCUCCAAAGCCAUCCUCGACUCCGUUAUUUUCUGCCAUCAAGACGAGAGUUUAUGGCCUAUGAGUGAACCUUCCGUUCUGAAAAAACGGUUUGACGAGAUAUUCGAAGCCGUCAAGUACACGAAGGCAAUUGACAACAUCAAGGCGUUACGGAAGAAGCAGAACGAGGAGCUUGGCAAGUACAAGAUCAUGGAGCAGCAUGCCAAGGAGGACAAGGAGAAGGCCGACAAAGCUGAGAAGAAGUCUAUCAUGCUCCAGGAAGAAAUUGAGAACCUGCGAGCUGAGACACAACAACUAACUCAGGAAAUGCGUCGGGUCGCGGAACUUGCGGACAAAGCGUGGAAGGAGUCCGAAAGCUACUCUCAGAUUCUCGGCGCACUAGAGGGUAAAAGGAUCGAAGCGAGAAGUAUCCAAUCCACGAUCGACAAUCUCAAACGCCAUUUGGUGGAGCUCGACGAGCCGGAUGAAUGGCUGGAAUCCAAUUUGGAACAGUUCGAAGCGAAGCAAAUUCAGUACCAGCAGCAAGAGGAAUCUCAGAAAGAGAAGUAUAUGGAGAUUCGGGAACAAAUUGAAGAAACGCGCCACAAGCUCGGGCUCAAGCAGGCCGAAUACGGUAAACAUGAGAAUGACAAGGCCAACUUUGAGCGCCAAAUUGAAAGGCGUCAGCGGAUGUCCAAAGAUCUUGCACGAAACUACAACAUUCGCGGGUUUGAUAGGAUUGUGGACCAGUCUGAUGUGGACGAAUUCAUGGCACGGAUACGCAAAAUCUUGAAAGACCAGAAUCAGUCGUUGGAUCGAGCUAAGAGGGAGGCACAUACCGAAUUGAGGGAGGCACAGACAUCAGUGAACAAGAUCAGCGAGCGCAAAUCUGUGUUACAGGAAAGCAAAGGUGCAGCCAAGCGUCAGAUAGCUGCCAACGAUCAAGAGGCCGCUGGCUAUCAGGCCAAGUUGAAUGGAAUCACUGUGGACGAGGGCGCUCAAGCUGCUCUUGAGUCAAAUGCUGAGGAUAUUCAGGCUCGCCUGAACCAGGCCAAGGAGCGUGAACGAUCUGUUUCUAGAGACAAAGAUAUUCAAGAUUUGAACUCGCAGAUUCGAGAGCUCGAGGAUGAAAGCUCCCGCUUGAAUGCGGAGCUUAUCCAAGCAACAAAGAAGGCUGGCGACCUGGCCCGCUUAGACCACCUAAAAAAAGAGCUGAAAGAUCGGGAGCGGAGCUUGGAGACGAUGAAGGGUGCACAUGGGGAGCGCCUUUCCAAGCUUGUGGACCAAAACUGGAAGAUCGAUACGUUGGAGCGAGACUUUCAACGCACCCUUGAAGACGAAUCUAAAGCAGUAUCCCAGGCUGAACGCGCAAGGGAUGCAAUUAGCCGCGAACUGGAGCAGGUUGAGUACAAGCUGAAGAACGCUGAAAGAUCCCUGAGCCAGCGGCAAAAGGAGCUUAAGGAGUGCGUUGAAGAAAUUCGCGAAGCCAUUGAUGAUGAGCCCGAGGAAUAUCCCGACGUUGUCAGCCAGCGGCAGAACCAGCUGGACAUGGCGAAGGGUACCGCUGAGCAAAGCGCUGGUAUCGAAGAGUACAUGAAUCGAUGCUUGACAACUGCUAAGCAGGAAAAGGUUUGUCGAGUAUGCGCUCGGUCGUUCAAGAACGAAAGCGAUUUGAAGAUUUUCUUCAACAGGCUCGAGGCAUUAAUAAAUAGAGCGAAGCUGCAGGCACAAGCCGAGGACGUCGACCAAUUAGAACAGGACCUCAGUGCUGCUCGUGCCGCCAGCACGGCCUACGAUACCUGGAAGCGUCUCAAAGAGACUGAAAUUCCGGAACUCCAACAGGAAGACGACAAAUACACCUUAGAACGCGAUGAGCUUCUGGGUCAACUGGAGGACCGUGACAAGGCUGUCAGUGAGGCGACUGAGAAGAAGCGCGACGUUGAGGCUCUGUCCAAAACAGUGAGCACUAUCGUCAGGUACAAUGGCGAGAUCAAAUCCAUCCGCUCUCAGGUUCAAGAACUUUCUUCGAAGCAGCAAGAUGGGGCGGCUUCCCGUACGCUCGAGGACAUUCAGGAUGAGAUCGCCAGCAUUGGCGAGAAAUCCAGAGCUCUUAAGAAGUCUCUUACGAAGCUUACAAAUGAGAAAGAACAGGCUCGUGCAGAGCUCAACAACCUGGAACUGCAACUCCGAGAUGUGAAAAGCAAUCUUGACAAUGUCAAGUUCCAACUUGAGAGGAAAGCUGAUCUCGUCGCUCGCAUAGAGGAGUACAAGACGCUCAACAGCCAGCAACGGGAAACAAUUGCAAAGGCGGACAGAGACAUCGAGGAUCUGAACCCCGAGCUGCUCAAGUAUCAAGCCAAGUAUGAUGAUAUCAGCCAAAGGGCUGAAGCACGCGAGCGAGAAAUGCAACAAGUAAUCUCCCAACUGUCUGAUAGCAUACACCAGGUAGAGCUUGCGAACGAAGAGAUCGACGCAUACAAUGAGCGAGGUGGCCCUCAGCAACUCGAUCGCAGCAGACGUGAACUGAAGUCCAUUGAGGAGGAAAUCGGCCAGCUUGAAACCGAACAGGCAGAUAUCACCAGGUCAAUCAAUAAGAUAUCCACACAACUCAAGGACAGCGAGAACACAAAGCGCCAGUACGCCGAUAACCUGACAUACCGCCAGUCAGUGCGAGCUUUCGAAAAAGUCACAAGCGAGAUCCAGGAACUCGAAAGCAAAAACGCCGAAGUCGACAGAAGCCGCUUCAAAGAGGAAUCCGAGCGCCGGUCCCGCGAACACAACGCCCUCUCUGCGAAACAAUCCAGCAAGAUGGGCGAAAUGAAGUCCAAAGACGACCAACUCAUGCAACUCAUCAAGGACUGGGAUACGGACUACAAAGAUGCAGCGUACAAGUACAAGGAAUCGCACAUCAAGGUCGAAACGACAAAGGCCGCCGUCGAGGAUCUCGCCCGCUACGGCACGGCCCUUGACAAGGCAAUCAUGAAAUACCACGGUAUUAAAAUGGAAGAAAUCAACGCCAUCAUCGGCGAGCUCUGGCAAAAAACCUACCGCGGCACAGACGUCGACACGAUCCUCAUCCGCUCUGACAACGAAAACGCGCGUGGCAACCGCUCCUACAACUACCGCGUGUGCAUGGUGAAACAGGGCGCAGAAAUGGACAUGCGUGGACGAUGCAGUGCAGGCCAGAAGGUCCUCGCUAGUAUUAUCAUCCGCCUCGCGCUGGCCGAGUGCUUUGGCGUCAACUGUGGCCUGAUCGCGCUGGACGAGCCAACGACGAACCUCGACAGAGACAAUAUCCGCUCGCUUGCUGAGAGUUUGCAUGACAUUAUCAAGGCGAGACAGCAGCAGUCGAAUUUCCAGCUUAUUGUUAUUACCCACGACGAGGAAUUCCUGCGCCAUAUGCAGUGCGGUGACUUUAGCGACUACUACUAUCGGGUUUCGCGCAAUGAGAGGCAGAAGUCGAUUAUUGAAAGGCAGUCUAUUGCUGAGGUUCUGUGA